AUGACACAUUUCAAGGCUUUAUAUGGUUACAACCCACCACACAUGGCAUUUCCAACAUCAGUGGUCACUUAUGUUACUGCAUGUGAGAGUUAUAUGAAGGAAAGGGAUGCUAUGCUUGAUGUCCUUAAAGAGACACUAUUCAAAUCUCAAGAAAGAAUGAAAUUCUUUGAUGAAAAUAAUAGAGUUGAUAGGGUUUUUGAAGUUCAAGACAGGUUUUAUUUAAAAUUGCAGCCUUGCAGACAAGAUUCUGUAGCAUUGCACAAGAACUUGAAGAUCUAUGUUAAGUAUUAUGGUCCAUUUACUAUCCUCCAGAAGAUUGGGUUGUUAGCUUAUAAGUUAGAAUUAACAACAAGUGCCAGGAUCCACACAGUUUUCCAUGUCUCGCAGUUGAAGAAACAGAUUGUUCAAGCUCAUCUUCUUUCACCAGCUUUACCUAUAGUUGAUCAUGAAGGACAAAUUAUCAUGCAACAUGAGAGCAUAUCGGAGUCUAGAGAAGUUGUGAGGAAAGUGAUACAAUUACUCAUCCAAUGGACCAAUUCAUCUCCAGAGGAUGCUACAUGGGAAGACAUGACUAAUAUCUCAUCUCAAAAUCCUAAGUUCAUGGCAACAUACUCAUUUUCCUUGAUCCUUAAAGACGAGGAUAAUUUUCAAUGGUAA